UUUUUCUGGUUUCCGUGUCUUCAUGGCCUCCCAAAUCCCAUGAAAACAUUGAAAAAGUCUUAUCUUUUCAUUGAUUUUUAGAUCCAAUCCUGGAAACUAAUUGGAAUCAUUCAAUCUCGUCUUGAAUCGGAGGAAAAAUCCAAACUUGGAGGAGUUUUUGGAGGAAAGUUUGGAUCUUGAUGGGUUGCACUAGCUCCAAGCAAGCGCGGCGUGACCGGCGGCGUGGCCCAUCGGCGGCGGUGGCGCGUUGCCGGUCGUUGCCGCCGAGCGGGCAGCAUGUUGUGGCGCUGACGGCAUCUACUCUGGGCUCGCUUAAGCUUGAUGAUGCCGCCGGCGAUGAAGAGAUGAUGAAGACUUGCAAUGACCACCUUGGCCUCUCGCCGGAGCUCGCCACCGCCGCCAAAGCAUGGUCGGAGAUGAUUGAGAAAAAGAUACCCAAAACUCCGACAGUGACUCCUCCCAAUGAACCGGAAACCAUCAAUGCUUGGGAACUCAUGGCCGGAUUAGAAGACACCACUCCACCGCGCGCCGGCACCGGCGCUGCUGACACUGAACGAAGCUUCUCGUUUCAUAGCUCAUCGCCGAAGCCAAUGUGGAUGGUGCUUGGCGGUGAGGAAGACUCAAUUAUAGCUGACUUUGACCCGGAGAUGAUCUCGGCUUUUCGAAAAGCCUUUAAGAGCUUCUCGCCUGAGCCGGAGACAAUCACCGGCAUUGUCAAAGCUCGAGUGACUGAAUUCCAAGAAAAGAUUGAUGCAAAGAAGGAUGAGAAAAUGUUAUCUAAUAACCAAGAGAAGGUGUUGUUGUAUUUCACUAGUCUUAGAGGAGUUCGGAAAACUUAUGAGGAUUGUGCUAAUGUGAGAAUGAUAUUGAAAGGAUAUGGAGUCGAGGUUGAUGAAAGGGAUGUUUCAAUGCAUGGAGGAUUCAAGGAGGAGUUGAAUGAGAUUCUUGGUGGUGGAUUUGAAGGGAGAAUGCUUCCAAGAGUGUUUGUUAAUGGGAGGUACAUUGGUGGAGUUGAGGAAGUUAGGCAUUUACAUGACGCCGGAGAUCUAUGGGACAUUCUUCGGGGAUGUCGGAAAAUGGUGGAAGAGAAGGGGCAGUGUGAGGCUUGUUUUGAUGUUCGGUUUGUACCUUGUGAGACUUGUUCGGGGAGUUGCAAGGUUUUUGUUGAGGAUGAAGAGGAUGAGGAGAUGGAGAUUGUAUCGGGAUUUAGACGAUGUUUUGAUUGCAAUGAGAAUGGCCUUGUUCGUUGCCCGUUUUGUUGCUGCUGAAGUUUUGCAGGUAAUUCGAAGUUUUUCUAAUUUUAUUUUAUUACUUGUUUGAGUGUUUUCUCUCUUUCUUUUUUGUGUGUAAAGAGGUUGUGCUCUGUUGUGUUGUUGUUCUUUAGAUUGUGAUUGUAGAGUAUUUGAUGCAAUGGAUACAUAGAUUGAUUUUGUUUCUCAGUUCAAUGUCUUACAAAAA